GAGUUGUUCAUGAUUUCCUUAUGAAUGGAGAGAUCCCUCCAUAAGUUAAUGAAUUUUUGGUUAAAAUAUGUGUAAACAUAUCGUACGCGUGGAAAAUACGACCCGAGCCCAACAUGUAAAACCCAGGCCCGUGAGGUAAAAUCAGAUUCAAUUCAACUCAUCGCAGGAUUGCUGGAGAGGGUACCGUGCAGGAGACGAUCCGGAUCCCUCAUCGCAUCGCACCUCCUUUCGACGAAACCCUUCCUCCUCCUCCAUUACCGGCGGCGAUUGAAGAUGACAACCGCUGCUCGACCCACAUGGGCACCGGCUAAAGGUGGCAACGAACAAGGCGGUACUCGAAUUUUCGGCCCCUCUCAGAAAUACUCCUCCAGGGACAUCGCAUCUCACACCACUCUCAAGCCAAGGAGAGACGGACAGGACACACAGGAUGAGUUAAAGAGAAGGAACCUGCGUGAUGAACUGGAAGAGCGUGAGCGAAGGCAUUUCUCAUCAAAAAAUAAAUCUUAUAGUGAUGACAGGGAUCAUGGAAAGAGUAGCCAUCUGUUUUUGGAAGGAACAAAGAGAGAUGUUGAAGACCAUAUUGUUGCACGAAGUGUUGAUGCAGAUGAUUCUGAUGUUGAAGUCAAAAGUGAUGAAGAGAGUGAUGAUGAUGACGAUGAUGAGGAUGACACUGAAGCUUUGCUGGCUGAGCUUGAACAAAUAAAGAAGGAAAGAGCAGAGGAAAAGCUACGGAAGGAACGACUAGAGCAAGAGGAAGAGCUUAAAGUAAAGGAGGCAGAGCUUCUGCGUGGGAACCCAUUGCUAAAUAAUCCAGCAUCUUUCAAUGUGAAAAGAAGGUGGGAUGAUGAUGUUGUGUUUAAGAACCAAGCCCGUGGUGAAGCCAAGGCACUGAAGCGAUUCAUUAAUGAUACCAUCAGGAAUGAUUUCCACAGGAAAUUCUUGCACAAAUACAUGAAAUGAACCUUGUCUCUGAAACCCCAGUUGAAGAAACUUAUUAAUUUGCAGUUUGUUUGUAUCUAUAUGUAUGAUUCACUGUUGAUGGAUAUAUCGAUAACAUGCAACUUUGUAACAUCGAUUAUGCUUGCUUGUUAGUGCCACCUGAAUUUAAGAAUCUA